GGAGCCAUGGAAGGAGAAAGAGCAGAAGCUGAAGAAGAAGCUGAAGAAGACCCUUCCCAUCGACGUCCACCAGCCCCACCCGCUGGGUUCUUUGCUCGGCCAACGGGCCGACGCCUUGGUCUCCUCUUUCUGCCUGGAGGCCGUGAGCCUGGACCGGCAGAGCUUCGACCGAGCCCUGCGGAACGUCACCACCCUCCUCAAACCCGGUGGCCACUUCCUCAUGAUCGGGGCUCUGGAAGAGUCCUUCUACCUGGCCGGAGAGGCCAAGCUGCAGGUGGUGCCUCUGAGGGAGGCGGAUGUCCAGGAGGCCUUCGCCAAGAGCGGCUACCGCACCCGCAGCUUCCGCUCCUACGUCAUGCCGCCGAGCCUGAAGAUCGGUGUGGAUGACGUGCAGGGCAUCUUCUUCAUCCACGCGCAGAAAUCCACCUGA